AUGUCGUCUAUUCUUAAAGCAGCUAUUCAAUUAUCUUUUUGGGUACCAAUUGUUCUCUUCAUUAUUGGAAUUCCAUCAGCCAUUUUAAAUGCAAUUAUUUUUAUUGGAGUGAAAACAUUUCGACAAUCUCCUAGUUCUUAUUAUAUUGUUGCUCAAUCAUUAUUCGAUUUUGGUGCCUUAUCAAUUCUUCUUCUUAAAAGUAUUCCAUCAAUAUCAAUGUCUACGACAUCAAUAUCAUGCAAGUUGACAUUUUUCUUUAGUCAAGUCGUAGUAUCAUGUGCAUUGAGUUUUCUUGGUUUGGCAACAUUUGAUCGUUGGGCAUAUACGUCAAGAUCAGCUAGAAUACGUCGAUUAAGUUCAAAUCGUAUAGCUCAUUGUAUUAUUUCAAUUAUUGUUAUAUUCUGGUCAUUGGUCAACAUACCUUUUCUUAUUUUUUCCGAUUUGAUUCCACCUUCUUUUACUUGUGGAUUCACUAAUAGUCUUUUUCAACAAAUUGCCAAUUUUUUUAUAGGUCCUAUAUUAUGUGGUAUUUUUCCUCUUAUCGUUUUAAUUAUAUUUGGUAUUCUUACAUAUCAAAAUUUUCAUGCUAUGACAACUAAUGCUCACCAACAAUCUGUUCGAACUCGUUUAUCAAUGUGGGAACAACAAAUAACAAGAAUGUUGAUUAUUCAAACAGUAUUAAAUGUAUCAUGUACACUUCCUCGAUGUAUCUUGGUGAUUUAUUCAAUGGCAGCAGUUCAACAAGGUGCAAUAAGAAAUUUAGAUCAAAUCUACAUUAUUUUGCUGUUGGAUCAAUUGACACAAUUUGUUUUAUGCCUCGAUUUUGCUUCAUCAUUUUAUAUAUUUUUUCUUUCGUCAUCUCGUUUUCGACAGACAAUUAAAAUGCAUCUAAAACGUUUUUUAAAGUUGGGAAAUAAUCAAGUUAACCCUAUGAAUAUUUCUGCUCCAACAAUACCAGUUACUGAUUCAGUACCAAAUACAAAACUUUUAACCUUUUGUUUGAACUUACAUCAAUUCAUAGCAACAAGUCAAAACUAUCCAUUAUCAGUUAUAGUUCGUGAUAAAUACAAACUUAAUAUAAUAUUUUACGAUGAUUUAUUCAAAGAUAAAUUUUCUAAAUUAAGAUCUUUAACAUUAUCAAAUAUAACAGUUGAAACUAUGUAUUCCAUAAUAUUUGAAACAAUCGCAAAAUUAUAUGAAAGUUUAAGACGAUUAAAUUUACUAGAUGAAAUCAGUACAGAAGAUAAAAGAGGAGAAGAUAAUAACAUACAAAAAAUGUGUGAUGAUGAUAAUUAUAUUAUAUCAGCACCAACAUUAUGCUUUUAUUCAUUAAUAACAGAUUUAUUACCAUGUCUACCGAAAUUAAAAAAUUUAAUUAUAAAUUCAAUCUAUUUUACAGACUACUAUGAUCGCCGACAAUAUGCAGCAUCAUCAACUACAAUAAAAAAUUUAAUUUUACCAUUAAAUUUAAAAAUGAUUAAAGUCUGGAUCGAUAAUGCUGAUGGCGAUGAUGAAGAAGAAAAUAAAAAUUUAACAAGAAAUUUCUUUGUAAAUAAUAACUUAUCUAAGACGACAAUAAUUAAAAUAUUCAAUAUUGAAUAUGAAAAGGAUUUUUAA